CACCAAAAAACAACCUCAAAAAUGUACCUCUUUGGCGUUUUCCUGCUCUUUGUCGGCACUCACGUCUGCUUCAUCGAUGCGAACUUCGGAAGCGGAGAGGGAAAUGACUACACCUACGGCACCCAGGCAAGCACGGAUACCCUCAUCGCCAGUGAGACCAUAACCAAGGCCAAGUCCUUGCUGGGCACCACCACGAAGACGUACACUCUAACGCAGGCGGGCACUGCCAAGACCAUCACCUACAUCAAAAUCACGGAUCUGAAGAAAAUGCGCGGAGCCACUGCAGAGAUCACCUCCGGCGGAGUGGGAUCCACGACGGUCACGAUCAAGUUCACCUCUGCACGGGGCGCUGGCAUCAAGUCGCAAGUGGUGAUAUACGGCUCCUAA